AACAAGGAAUGGCUGUUAUCUGGAGAAAUUUAGACGAUGAUGGUGAGUGUGAUGAAAGUACUACACACAUCGCUCGUCAGGUGAAAAAAGGACAUAAAUAUAUUUAUCAAAAGUGGUUUUACGAAAAGCCAAUAUUGCCGCAAUACCAGGACGAUGCACUCGUAUAUUGUGAUUUAAGUCAGAGUUGUCGAGAAUACGUCUACAACGUUUCUACAACAAUGGCUGUUAAGUUGAUGAAACAAUACAACGAGGCUGUUGACUUCACUGAAGCAUUUAAAUAUUGCGAGCAGGCUCUUCAGAAACAGCCUUUACAUGCACCAAGUCUCAUUCUCUAUGCCGACGGCCUUCACAAACUUGGUUAUUCACUAAGAGCUCUUUCGUACAUACUCAGAGCUAUAAAAAUGCAUCCAAGGAACAAAGACGCCAUAGAGAUCCUUCGACAAAUUGUGGAAAGUCUUUCAGCUCAUUGAUGCUGAUCAAA